AUGUCGAGCGACAUCCUCACCCAGCUACAAACCUGCUACGACCAACUACUCACCCAAUUCUUCUCGACCAUUAGUUACCUAUCGCAGCGCCAUCCCUUAGUUGCACCUGAGCCAGAUCCGAGCGACCCGUUCACCUACCCACCCUCCGCAAGAGCCGCGACGUCGCAAACUCCUGGUGCGAAUCACUCCCAACCACAAGGCUCAGGCAUACAGCCGGGACCUGAAGACACAGAACGUUCCGUCUACCCUUUGCGUCCCGUCACACCGCAGGUCUUUGCCAAUGCACAACGCGAACUCGCGGAGGACUUGGUGCAGAAGGGUCAGCAAAUCGAGCUGUUAAUUUCACGGCUACCGGGGAUUGGCAGAGGUGAGGAGCAACAGGCGGAAGAAAUCAGGGCGCUGGCGGAGAAGGUACGGGAUAUGGAGGAGAAGAGGAAGGCCAAGCGACGGGAGAUGAGAGAAUACGUGAAGCGAUUAGACGAGGUCAUCAUGGGGAUGUCGCGCAGCAUCGAUGACUCUCAUACCAAUGGGCAAGAGACCUGA